UGUUCUAAGUUUUUGACUCUUAGCAAUAAAAGGUACAACUAUAAUGCCAUACUGUGAACAUUUCUGGCAAAACAAUAUUUCAUGGGAGACAAGUUUUUGCUGGACUCUAGCAGGAAGAUAACAUAUUGCACCACUGCUUUCCCGUUGCUGUACGUUUUUCUCGGGAAAAACAUGGACAAAACAUAUGACAUCUAGUGGCUAAAAUGCACCACUGCAUAUGUGGGGGGGGGAGUCCAAAAUCCGAUUAGUUCACUAGGUUAUAUCACAUGAUCGGAAACGAUCUGCUCUAUAGUUGAAGUUAUCCAUUUCGCUGUGUAAAAUUUAUUACUUGAGCAAAAGCCCCUGCAAAGAUGGAUUUCAUGACUGAUCGUGAUGUGCAAACGUACAUGGAGGAUGGCUAUGUGGUCUUGGAUGGGCUACUCACCCCUCAACAGUGUGAUGAACUCAGGCAGAGGAUGGCUGAGAUUGUGGACCAUAUGGAUGUCCCAGAGUACUGUCGCACCACAUUCUCCACCUAUCAUGAUGAGCAACUUAAAACACAAGGAAAUGCAGAUUAUUUUAUCACAAGUGGAGAUAAAAUUCGAUUUUUCUUUGAAAAGGGAGUUUUUGAUGACAAGGGGGAGUUUGUUGUUCCCAAAAAUAAGUCACUCAAUAAAGUAGGACAUGCCCUCCAUGCUAAUGAACCUUUGUUUAAAAAGAUUACACAUUCACCCAGGAUACAGGGUAUAGCAAAAAAAAUGGGCCUAACAAGGCCUGUUAUUGUACAAAGCAUGUACAUCUUUAAGCAACCAGGCUUCGGAGGAGAAGUAACAGCUCAUCAAGAUGCCACAUUUUUGUACACUGAGCCACUGGGCAGAGUCAUGGGUGUAUGGAUAGCUUUGGAAGAUGCUACAGUCAAUAAUGGCUGCCUUUGGUUUAUCCCAGGAUCACAAAAGGAUGGCAUAACCCGACGUAUGGUGCGUGCCCCAAAGGGCACCUAUCCACUGACUAACUUCAUUGGUCAGGAACGGACAUAUGAAGAAGACAAAUUUGUCCCUGCACCAGUUAAAAAAGGUGGUGUAGUCCUUAUCCAUGGUGAAGUAGUACAUCAAAGCAAUGAAAACAAAUCAGAAAAUUCCCGUCAUGUCUACACCUUCCACAUGAUGGAAUCCCAGGACACCCAAUGGAGUCCUGAAAACUGGUUACAACCCACUGAAGAACUCCCAUUCCCACUCCUCUAUACAAAAUAAAUAGACAUCAUGUCAAUUCAAACCUUUUUAUUCAGUUUAAUUAUCAUUGCCACUUUUUUCCAGCAAAUUGGGCCCAUUAAAAUUGAUUUCUUUAACAGCA